AUGUCUGGCAAUUUGACGCCCGCAGAAAGACAGUGGCUCGACCAGCUGACUGCUAUGCGGCAGGAGAUAGAGAAGCUGAAUUUGCCAGACGAACUUGAGCCUGUUCUCUAUGGCUCAGACUUGAAUCUGAGUGAUGAUGAGCUCUCCUCUCAGCCGGAGUCAUCCGACGAUAUCUGGGACUUGAUUAGUGAUAGUGGUGAAAGCGACGAUUUUGAUGAUAUCAACGGAGUCGCUUUGCCCAUCGAGCCUGUUCAUGAUGGACAGAAACAAGAACAUGACCGCCGAUGGCUUGCAAAGAAAUGUGAAUCCAUUGCUCAGCUCAAGGGAGGGCUCAGCGGGCCGGAUUUACAGCAGCAGGUAGAAGCACUUCUAGCCUCUGACAUGUCUUCAGACGAACUGCAGAUUGCUUUGGCGGAAGUUAUCGGUUUUGAUGAACUAGAUUUCGUCAUCGAGCUGCUAUCCCACCGUCAGGAUGUUCUCUCUGGUCCUGCUAUACCGGAUUCGCAGCCUGCGCCAGCCAUAGGGCGAUUGCAGACCCGGGCGGAGAGGGAAGAGGCCCUCCGCCGUCAGGAUUACGAGCAUAAGCAUGCACAGCUUGCUGCAAGAGUCGACCGUGAGGGACCUCAGUAUCCUCACAUUUAUAAGGCCUACCAGGCGGGGAACACCUUGUCCGUAAAUGGUCGAAAAUAUGGGCUCCCAGUUGGAACUAUCCACAGAGAGGAGCCGCUUUAUACAGAAUACGCCGUUCCUGCCUCAAAAGUCGGGACUUUAGGGGCAGGCCACAGGCUAGUCCCGAUAUCAGAGAUGGAUGCUCUCUGUAGAGGCACAUUUCCUGGAUACAAGUCCCUGAACCGCAUGCAGAGCUUGUUGUACACUGUCGCAUACAAGACUAACGAAAACAUGCUUAUAUGCGCACCAACGGGAGCCGGAAAGACGGAUGCGGCCAUGCUUACAAUCCUCAAUGCCAUAGCUAGGCACACUACUCCCAGUCCACUAGAAGACCCUGAUGCCACCGACUUUGUGGUGCAAGUGGAAGAUUUUAAAAUCGUCUAUGUUGCUCCUAUGAAAGCCCUCGCAGCUGAAGUGACAGAGAAACUCGGCAAACGUUUAGCGUGGCUCGGAAUUCAAGUCAGGGAACUGACUGGCGAUAUGCAAUUGACAAAGCAAGAAAUCGUACAGACUCAAAUUAUUGUCACUACCCCUGAGAAGUGGGAUGUAGUCACAAGAAAGAGUACUGGUGACACUGAGCUAGUCCAGAAGGUUCGACUCUUGAUCAUUGAUGAAGUGCACAUGCUGCACGAUGAGCGUGGUGCUGUGAUUGAAUCUCUCGUGGCUCGAACUCAACGUCAAGUGGAAAGCACACAAUCCUUGAUUCGAAUUGUUGGGCUCUCUGCCACUCUCCCUAAUUACCUUGACGUGGCAGACUUCCUCAAAGUCAACCGCAUGGCUGGUCUUUUCUUUUUUGAUGCAUCAUUCCGCCCAGUCCCACUUGAACAACAUUUCAUAGGAGUGAAGGGGGAUGCUGGCUCCAAGAAAUCCAGGGAUAACCUAGACAAAGUAUCAUUCGAAAAAGUACGGGAAAUGCUUGAGGCAGGGCAUCAGAUCAUGGUGUUUGUCCAUUCUCGAAAGGAUACAGUCAAUACCGCUCGCCUUUACGCAAAAAUGGCCAUGGAUGAGCAAUGCAGUGACUUGUUCUCUCCCGUAGACCAUGAGAACUAUUCCCAGGCAUUGAAGGAUCUUAAGGGUACGCGUGCUCGAGAAUUAAGGGAUCUAGUACCCAAGGGAAUGGGCACGCACCAUGCUGGCAUGUCAAGAUCGGAUCGAAACCUAAUGGAGCGUUUAUUCUCGCAAGGUGUUAUCAAAGUUCUAUGUUGUACGGCUACUCUGGCUUGGGGUGUAAACUUGCCAGCCGCAGCUGUUAUCAUCAAGGGCACCCAGAUAUACAGCGCUCAGGAAGGAAAGUUCAUUGACCUUGGAAUUCUGGAUGUCCUCCAAAUAUUUGGUCGAGCUGGUCGACCUCAAUUCCAAGAUACUGGUAUCGGAUUCAUAUGUACCCCCCAAAGCAAGCUACAGCAUUAUAUAUCCGCCGUCACCUCUCAAGAACCUAUUGAGUCUAGGUUCUCCCGCAAAUUGGUGGACAAUCUUAAUGCUGAAAUAUCGUUAGGGACUGUUACUUCUGUCACCGAAGGUGUUCAGUGGCUUGGGUACUCAUAUCUGUUUGUUCGCAUGAGACGGAACCAUUCUGCCUAUGGUAUCGAAUGGAGCGAGAUUCGCGAUGACCCUCAGCUUGUUCAGCGGCGUCGUGAUCUUAUUAUCAAGGCUGCCAAAGUACUUCAAAAAAGCCAAAUGAUCAUAUUCAACGAAAACACAGAAGAAUUGCGCGCAAAAGACGUGGGAAGAAUUGCAAGCCAGUAUUAUGUCCUUCAAACCAGUGUGGAAAUUUUCAAUUCUAUGAUGAACCCCAAUGGCAGCGACGCUGAUGUUAUGAAAAUGAUAAGUAUGAGUGGAGAGUUUGACAACAUUCAGUCAAGAGACAACGAAUUCAAAGAGCUGGACAGGUUACGUGAGGAAGGCCUACGAACAGAGGUCGAAGGUGCCAACGAUACUGCCCACGCGAAAACCAAUAUCCUUCUUCAAUCUUAUAUCUCUAGAGCUAGAAUUGAGGACUUCGCCCUUGUCUCUGAUACCUCUUAUGUUGCUCAGAAUUCUGCCAGAAUUUGUCGCUCACUCUUUAUGAUUGCGUUAAAUCGACGAUGGGGUUAUCAAUGUCAAGUUCUUCUAUCGACUUGCAAAUCUAUCGAGAAACAGAUUUGGCCUUUCCAACAUCCAUUCCAUCAAUUUGAUUUACCGCCAGCCAUCUUAAAAAACCUUGAUGAAAAAUUCCCUGCCUCAUCUAUUGAAUCAAUGAGAGAGAUGGACACUGCGGAGCUUGGCCAGCUUGUGCACAAUACACGAAUGGGUGGGACCUUGAAAAAGCUAUUAGACAAUUUUCCAACAUUGAGUGUCGAUGUUGAGAUAUCGCCUCUCAACAGAGAUGUGCUUCGUAUCCGGCUCUAUCUCUAUGCGGAUUUCCAGUGGAAUACUCGACACCAUGGCACAUCAGAACCAUUCUGGAUAUGGGUGGAAAAUUCAGAGACUGCAGAGAUAUACCAUCAUGAAUACUUCAUCCUCAAUCGUAGGAAGCUCCAUGAUAGUCAGGAAUUGAAUUUUACCAUUCCACUAGCAGACCCUCUACCGACGCAAAUAUACGUUAGAGUGAUUUCGGAUAGAUGGCUUGGUGCCGAAACCGUGGCACCAGUCUCCUUCCAGCACCUUAUUCGUCCAGAUACAGUGAGCGAAUACACCGAUCUCCUGGAGCUGCAGCCUCUACCAAUAACUGCUCUAAAGAACCCUUCACUUGAGCAUGUAUAUGGGAAGAGAUUUGACUAUUUCAACCCAAUGCAAACCCAACUUUUCCAUACUCUCUACCAUACUGAUAUGAACGUCCUUUUGGGGUCCCCAACUGGAAGUGGAAAAACCGUGGCCGCAGAGUUAGCUAUGUGGCAGAACUUCAAGGAUAAGCCAGGGUCCAAAGUUGUCUACAUUGCUCCUAUGAAAGCCCUUGUCCGAGAACGUGUUCAUGACUGGCGAAAUCGGCUUGCUACACCUUUGGGCUUGAAGCUAGUAGAGUUGACUGGUGAUAAUACCCCUGACACAAGAACUAUCAAGAAUGCGGACAUUAUCAUCACUACCCCAGAAAAAUGGGAUGGUAUAUCCCGAAGCUGGCAAACUAGAGGAUAUGUCCGCCAGGUUGGAUUGGUCAUCAUUGACGAAAUCCACCUUCUUGCUGGUGAACGUGGUCCCAUCUUGGAAAUUAUUGUUUCCAGAAUGAACUAUAUCGCAUCUCAAUCCAAGGGUUCUGUUCGGUUAUUAGGCAUGUCCACUGCCUGUGCUAAUGCUCGCGACCUUGCAGACUGGCUUGGGGUGAAGAAGGGCCUGUAUAAUUUUAGGCAUUCCGUUCGACCCGUGCCUCUUGAAAUAUUUAUUGAUGGUUUCCCGGAGCAAAGGGGGUUCUGUCCUUUGAUGCAGUCGAUGAACAGGCCAACUUUUCUUGCGAUCAAAAAUCACUCUCCUGAUAAGCCUGUGAUCGUGUUUGUGGCAUCUCGACGACAGACGCGUCUUACAGCAAAGGAUCUAAUCAAUUACUGUGGGAUGGAAGAUAAUCCCCGAAGGUUUGUUCAUAUGUCCGAAGAAGACUUGGAAUUAAACAUGUCCCGAGUGAAAGAUGCGGCUCUGAAAGAAGCCUUGAGCUUUGGAAUUGGCCUCCAUCAUGCAGGUCUCGUCGAGUCGGAUCGACAGUUGGCUGAAGAACUGUUCGCUAAUAACAAGGUCCAAAUAUUGAUUGCAACCAGUACCCUGGCAUGGGGUGUCAACUUGCCAGCUCACCUAGUUGUGGUGAAAGGAACACAGUUCUUUGACGCAAAAGCAGAGGGUUAUAAAGACAUGGACCUCACCGAUGUUCUUCAGAUGCUUGGACGUGCCGGCCGUCCACAGUUCGAUACGUCGGGUAUUGCUCGUAUUUUUACCCAAGAUGCAAAGAAAGCAUUCUACAAGCACUUCCUUCAUACUGGAUUCCCGGUAGAAUCAACAUUGCACAAGGUACUUGAUGACCAUUUGGGCGCAGAAGUCAGCUCGGGCACAAUCACAACCAAGCAAGAUGCGUUGGAUUACUUGACCUGGACAUUCUUUUUCAGAAGAUUACAUAAGAAUCCGUCAUACUAUGGGCUCGAGAUAUCUGCCGAAGAGCACAACUCAGCUGCUGCCCGGGAAAUAGUGUCUGAGUUCAUGGUUGAAUUGGUUGACAAAUCACUCGGUGCGCUGGCUGAAUCUUCCUGUGUCUUGUUUGACACGGCUACUGGAUUCGUCGACCCAACCCCUUACGGGAAGAUCAUGAGUUAUUAUUACAUUUCACACAAGACCGUUAGAUACUGGAUGACACAUGCCAAACCUGAUCCCACGUUUGCUGAUGCUCUCGGAUGGAUGUGUUCCGCGACAGAAUUUGAUGAGCUUCCCGUCCGUCACAAUGAAGACCUGGUCAAUGCGGAACUUGCGAAGAACUUACCACUACCCACCACGGCAAUUAGCGACCAUUUGCCGCUUUGGGAUCCGCAUAUAAAGGCAUUCCUGUUGAUCCAAGCGUUCAUGUCUCGGGUUGAGCUACCGAUUUCGGAUUACGUUGGUGACCAGACAUCGGUCCUCGACCAAGGUAUUCGUGUUAUUCAAGCCUGUAUAGACGUACUUGCAGAGCUAGCUUACCCUAAAGCUUGCUCCAUGAUGAUGACGCUGCUUCAAUGUAUCAAAUCAGCACGCUGGCCAACUGACCACCCACUAUCAAUAUUGCCUGGCCUUGAACCAGAUAGUGUGAUAGACGGUAGCAUCGACGCGGCCAAGCUUCCAGUUUCGCUUACAAAAUUGGUAGCUAUGACAAACCCUGCGGUAUCUCGCAUGCUUGAUACCAUCCAGCUCGACAAGCCCUUUGCUUCGCAGUUCUCCAAGGCCGUGGCUCUUCUCCCGAAUCUCGAUGUCUCAAUCGCAGAUUUGACCCUUGACGGUUUGACGGUGGUUUUGAGACGGAAAUCGAAGGAAUCGGACAAUCAGAGACAACCACGCUCUCAUGGAGCUGACGGGUAUAAAAUCUAUGCCCCACAAUUUCCCAAGCCACAGACCGAAGGAUGGUUCGUCCUCGUGACGGCAGCUAAGGAUCAGAAUAAUGGACGAGAGGAGUUGUUAGCCCUGAAGCGUGUUUCGUUAUCACCGCCGGCUUCGGGAACCCGAGGUUCUGGUCCUCGUGGCAAAUUAAACGGAGAUUCCUUUACCAGAACAAAGGUCCAUUUCUCAGGGGACAUUGGGUUUGGAAGCAUGGAUGAAGUCAAGGGUAAAGUGACGGUGAGGGUCAUCAGCGAUGCGUAUAUCGGAAUGGAGUGGAUGGCUGUCAGUUAG